AUGGAUGCUAAGCAUCACUGGCUCCACAGACCCUGUCUGCUGAUGCUCAAAGAUGGGGAUGUCACAAAGCCAGGACAGCUGGGCUGUGGACACAUCGGAUCAGAGUCCCCUGCAAAACCCAAAGUCCAUUCAGAGGGGGUCCUGAGCCCAGGGGUGGCAAAAGAGGGUCCUGUUUCCCAACUGGAGUCCCCUGCUCAGAGACUGAUGAGACAGCUAGAGGAGGGAAACUGCACUGUGACCACUCUCUCAACAUGGGGAGAGAGGCAUUUUGGGGAGGCUUCCACCCCCCUAAUGCUCAGCCCCUCCAAAGCGGCUGGGCCGGAAGUGGAGGUGGAGGUAGAAGAGGUGGUGAAGAGCAGGCCCCAGCCAUCCUCCUCCAAGGAGGACUCUGUGGUUGAGGAAAAGGAGCUGGAGGAGAGUGGACUUGAGCUGCAGGACUCCCCCAGUGGCUCAGAUGCCCUAGGUCCUGACAUGGACGACACGUCUGGUCCCCCUGUAGAGGAGCCCUAUGGAGGCGGCCAUGAUGCCCAGAUCCAAGGGCCUAGACUGGGGCUUCAGAGCCAGACCAAAGCCAAUGGACUAGCUAAUGAUGAGACCAACGCCAACAUAGUUCAAGCAGAUAGUGAAGAGGGAGCUGUGGGGGACUGCACACCUUCCCCAAUGUCUCCAUUAGUGGAUCCAGACAAUGAGCUACAGGCCGGCCCCGCAGGCAUUCUUUCCAGGGAGCGAGGCACUAUCCUGGGGGAGGUGGCCCCCGUGUGGGUCCCUGACGCCCAGGCGCUGGUCUGUAUGAUGUGUGAAGUCAGAUUCACCUUCACCAAGAGAAGGCACCACUGUCGCGCCUGUGGCAAGGUGAGGGUCUUGCACCACUAUUUUAUUUUUGUGUGUGUGUAGGUUGUAUUUAAGGUGCGUCUCUGGUAUGUUGUCCCUGAGAAAUUAGGCUGACCAUUAGUGAUUGUGUGUCUGUGCUACAGGUAUUCUGUUCAUUGUGCUCUGGUCUGAAGUUCCGACUAACACACCUGGAUGGGAAGGAGGGGCGUGUCUGUGUCUCCUGUCACUCAACUCUAGUGAAAAGUGAGUAUCACAUGACAACACUGUUACCAUGACACUACAGGGUAAAUCCAUUUAAAUUCAAUCACUUUUUGACAGCACCCCUUGUGAUUUAAACGAAACCUUCCAUACAUAUUUGCCCAUUGUAGAAGUGGCAAUAAAGUUAUUUUUUGGAGCCAAAUGCCAAAACAUGAUAUUGAUAUAAUUUCAAACCUUAAAAACAGGGUUGUCAAACUAUUUAUAUUUUCUGUGACAAAAAAAAAUACACAAAUACUAAUAUUUAUGUAGUCCCGUGUAGCUCAGUUGGUAGAGCAUGGCAUUUGCAACGCCAGGGUUGUGGGUUCGUUUCCCACGGGGGACCAGUAUGAAAAAAACAAAAAAAAAAAACAUGUAUGCACUCACUAACUGUAAGUCGCUCUGGAUAAGAGCGUCUGCUAAAUGACUGAAAUGUAAAAUGUAAUGUCCCUUUUUAACCUUUAACGUAAAUUACCUCAAAAAUACUAAACUCUGAUUUUUUUCACAUUCGCAUAUGUGGUAGCUUAUACCCUAUUUUACAUCGUCUAAGGUUUUUGUGUUGUUCCUGCUAUCGGUUGAGACACAACAUGCUCUUUUUCAUAUUCGCAAAUGUUGUAGCUUAUACGCUAUUUUACAUCGCCUAAGGUUUUUGUGUUGUUCCCGCUAUCAGUUGAGACACAACAUGCUCUUGAAUACAGGGUAGGUGUCAUGUUUUGGCUGAUGAAUGCACUAAAAUGGGAAUAAAAUAGAGAUUUCUACUUUCAAAUGGUACCACAAACAUGGUUGGAGAUCCAAACAUCAGAGAAUGUUGACUUGAAUGGGAAAAUCUGUUGUUUGAAAUUACCUAUUGAAAUCAUAGAAAUAUAGAUAAGAGAAUAUACAUGACAAUUUAAGUUGAUAUUCGACAGUGGGUGGACCGGCUGUAAUCUUUGUAGUAGUAAUUAGAAGUUACAAUUUCAAUUCAAUUUCAAUGGUGUACCAGCUAAAUUACAGUCUUCUGAAGGGAUAGGUCCAUUCUAUGAAUUUUAUUUCUAUGAUUGAAAUGACACCCACCCUGGAUUCAAGAGCAUGUUGUGUGUCAACCGAUGGUGGGCACAACACAAAAACCUAAAAUGAUGUGAAAUAGGGUCUAAACUACAACAUAUGCAAAUAUGAGUUUACAAAUUUUUUGAUAAUUGACGUUAAAGGUUUAAAAAAGACAAUUUUUCAAAAGAAAGAAUCAAAUUGUUUGACAACACUGUUUGUAAGCUUUUAAAUUGAUCAAACUCAACCGUUAAUCUUUUCCAGUGAUGAAGACAUGGAUGUCUCAUGGUAUGGUGGGGUAUGCAAAACGGUUCAACUUUUAGCACCUUUAUCUCCUGAAUGUUUUGGCAUUUAGGUCCAAAAAGUAACUUUCUGACCACUUCUUCCAUGGGCAAACAUGUAUGGAAAGUUUUGUUUAAAUCAAAAGGGACGCUGUCAAAAAGUGAUUGAGGCAAUAAGUGUGUUAUAAAGUUAAUUGGUGCAAUAUGGAGAAAAAUGUUCCUGUCAAUAUUAUUGACUUUCUCUCAUGUAUGUUUUUCUUUAGCAACCCCUCCCAGGGGGAGGAGGAAGGUGUGGUUUGCUGAUGAGAUCCUAUCCAAUGAGAAAUCAGACUCUGCCCCUUGUACACCAAUCAGAGGCCCCACCUUCUCGCCACUAUUAUUGAGGAGAAGUAUAGCUGCUACAAUCAGAAGCGCCACUGGCUCACCACAGACCAGCAGGAGGGCCCCAAUAGCACAGGAGAUGCCCCUGCUCAAUGUAUGUAACAACACCUUAUCAGACCAGACUGAAUUGAUACAAUUAAAAUUAAAUAAAAGAUCUAAGGAUGUGGUCACAUGCACAUGCAUCAGUCUUUCUGUUGGUAUCUUUGAUAUCCAUAACCCCACAGUAUUCCAUAAGCUCUCUCUUUAUGACUCUCUUUCUGCCUCUCUAUCUCCUUCCUCCCUCCUCCUCCUCCUCCUCCUCCUCCCUCCUCCACCUAGGGGCAGCAGGUAGCCGAGAGGCUAGAGGUUAGAGAAGCAGGUCAGCAACUGGAAGGUUGCUGGUUCGAAUCCCAUAACUGACAGGAAAAUCUGUCUGGAACUGUCCUAGAUGCCAUCACCUGCCGUUGGGCCCUUGAGCAAGGCACUUAACCCCUAAACUGCUCACCGGGCGCUGUGUGUGUGUGUGUGUGUCAGAAUGGUUGGGUAAAACUAGUGGACCAAUUUCUGUCUUGUAUGGAUUAAUAAAGUAUUCUCCUUCUUCUCCCUUCUCUGUAUAGCCUCUGCAGGAGGCUUGUGGGCCCUGUGGCUGGGGUACAGCAGCCUUGGUCAGCAGCCACAUCAGCAGCUCUGCUAACCUCAUCCCACUGGAGGGCCUCCCUCCCAUCCUCACCUCCACUGGAGUCAAAGGAGGUACGACCAGGCUAUCAACACUGGAGAUGCUAACGGCUAGCUCAAUGUUCUGGGAUUGUCAUAGUUAGCUACUGGAGAUUACUCAAAUCAAAUCAACUGCAGGGCCAAAUACUGCAGGGCCAUGUUUGGGAAACCCUGGCUUACUGUACUGGGAUUGUCAUACGGUUAGGUAGUUAGCUACUGGAGAUGCUAAAGGCUAGCUCACUGUACGGAUUGUCAUAGGGUUAUCUACUGGAGAUGCUAAAUGCUAGCUCACUGGUCAUAGGCUUGUCAUGUGGUCCUCUGUAGCAUGGCGCUUGUAACGCCAGGGUAGUGGGUUCGAUCCCCGGGAUCACCCAUACGUAAAAAUUUAUGCGCACAUGACUGUAAGUCGCUUUGGAUAAAAGCGUCUGCUAAAUGGUAUAUUAUUAUUUAUAGGCUUAGCUACUGAAUGAUCGGAGGGUUAGCGUUAAAGGUGUUACUCUGAUUCAUUAUCAGGCUUAUUGUCUUAAUGUUGGGCAAUUUAAUUGGAUGCAAACAGGCCACCUUACAAAUCUUAUUUAGUCAUAUUUAGACACAGAAGUUAAACUAUGGUUGACUGUUUUUAAAGGAGGUAUUAGCGGCUACUGCUAGCUCCCUGGGCUCAGGGUAAAAUGGAAGCUAAUGUCUAAUAGCUUCUAGGGAUGUCUAGCUCACAGUUUCCUCUGUUUUGCCCAGACUACACAGUCGAGGAGAGGCCCUCUGAGAUGGUUCUCAUCCAGGAGCUGGAGAGCGGCAGGCCCAACUCCCUGGUCUUUGUCCUCAACGCCAACCUACUGGCAAUGGUCAAGCUGGUCAACUGUAUGUGACCUUUCCUCUCAACCUUCAACCUUUUUCAGUCAUUGACAGUGUGUAUACACAAGCACACACUGUUUACAUGUAUUCUUAGCUCACCAUUGACUCAAGUCACAUGCAUAUUUUAUAAGAGUGUCAGACCGUGUCACCAACAGUGACCUCACAUUGAAACGCUGCCUCUCAUUGGCUCUCCCCAGAUGUAAACAGGAAGUGCUGGUGUGUGACGUCCAAGGGCAUGCAUGCGGUAGGCCAGGUGGAGGUGGUGGUGCUGCUACAGUGUCUGCCUGAGGAGAAGAGCUUCCCCAAGGACAUCUUCAGCCACUUCAUACAGCUCUACAGGGAUGCCCUCACAGGUGAGACUGGUGUUGACGUGGUCUGGCAACUUAGCCACCAUUGAUCAGCACUGGAUAAAGCUCUGAAGCAGGUCUUGAAAAGGCUUCCAAGUCUGUUUAAUGGUGUACUGGUCCCUCUCUAUAUAUCUCUCAUUAUCUCCCUCCCUCCGUCUCACUCUCCUUUUCCCUCCCUCCCUCUCUCUCUCUCUCUCUCUCUCUCUCUCUCUCUCUCUCUCUCUCUCUCUCUCUCUCUCUCUCUCUCUCUCUCUCUCUCUCUCUUUCCAUCUUUCUCUCCAUCUAUCUCUCCCCCCCCCACCCCCCUUUCUCCACAGGCAAGGUGCUAAGCCAGCUGGGUCUCUCCCAGUUCUCCAGUAGUUUCCUGGGCAGUGAGGAGCAUGCAGGGUUCCUCUGGGUGCGCUCCACUCUCCAGUCCCUGCAGGGCCUGCCUAUGCCCAACCAGCCCUUCCUCUUUGGCCUGCUGGUCCACCGGGCUGAGGUACCCUGGGCCAAGGCCUUCCCCCUGCGCCUCAUGCUCAGACUGGGGGCAGAGUACAGAUGUGAGUCAGGGCUCUGGAGGCGGAAGAGAGAUGUAGCUGGGUAGAGAGAGAGAGAGUGUGUGCAUGUGUGCGUGCGAGCAAUAUCCACAGGAACGCAGCAUAGCUGUCGAUUUGUGGUAUCUAUUACAUUUAUUGCAUUGGAGACGCAGUGUGCAGCUUUUCUGUUCUUUCUAUGCGUUUCACUGGUGCAUCCACUCAGUGUCAUCCCCAUUAAGGCAUUCCUCUCCCUUCCUUUACAGUUUACCCCUGUCCUCUGUACAGUGUGCGCUUCAGAAAGGCUCUGUUUGGGGAAACUGGCCACACCAUCAUGAGGCUGCUAGUAGUAAGUACCUUGCCUCUCAUUACAAUAACAAUAAUCAACACCAAGGUUGUAUUCAUUAGGGCACACGGUACCAAAACGUUUUACAACGGAAAAUGAAAGUUCAGAUAGUCCCUGCCUGUUUCAGUCAGUUGUUUCCAUUUGGGUCCUAAUGAAUCACACAUUUUACCCUCUGCUUCCCAGGACUUCAGGAAUUACCGGUACACUCUGCCAGUGGUGCCUGGACUCACUGUAGAUCUGGAGGCUCAGAGGACCUGCAUUAAAAUCCCCACCAACGGCUAUGAUGAGGUACAGCUAAACCAUGAAACAACACUUGGUUAACUGUAAUCAAUAAGCCGUUAUAAAUGCUUAUAAAUACUUUAUACAUUAUAAAAACUCCUUUAUAAAUAACUCUUUCAUCAAUAGAUCAAGGGUUGACAUCAAUACAUUCUCCCUCUCUUUCACCUUCUCUCUCUCUCUCUCUCUCUCUCAGCUGAUGAGGGCUUUGAAUAAGUCCAAUGAGCAUGUGCUGGCCAUGGGGGCAUGCUUCAACGUGGCAGCAGACUCCCACCUUAUCUGUGUUCAGGGGGAGGAUGGCCAGUACCAGACCCAGGCCAUCAGCAUCCACAAUCAGCCUCGCAAAGGUGGGAAGCCCCUGGAAUCAACAGAGGGUGAUGGGGACUAUGGGAGACUGCAGACUGCACUGCCUGUCCUGUAAUGAAAGAUAAAUAACAGUAGCGGGGGGAUGCUACACAGAGGCAAGCAGCACAUCACCUACCAUCAGAGAGAGGGAGAGGGAGGGAGAUUACAGUACAGAGAGGUAAUAUUUACUGCCACGUAACACAACCAGUGUAUCUGGCCUUUGACAGCCUAGGAAAAAUCUUAUGUAUGAUUUGCCAUGUUUUUAUAUGUGCUCACUGCAAGAACUGUGCCUUAGCUGUCACUUUUUCACCACUGGAGGGCAAUGUCGUGUCAUGUGAGAGGGUGAACCAUCCUGAGAAAGUUACCGGUGGAGAAAGCUUACUUCUGUGAUUAUAUUUGGUUAGUCCAACUGUAAUAUUUAGAUGUUUAUAUCUACAAGUCAAGUGGUAAUAUAUGGUGUUGUGUUUUGUUUCAGUCACCGGUUCCUGCUUCUUUGUGUUCAGUGGAGCUCUGAAAGCAGCAUCAGGAUAUCUUGCCAAAUCCAGCAUCGUGGAAGGUAGCAUCAUACUUGUGUAUCUUCACUUAGAACUGGAAAGUUACCUUACUAAUCAUAUUUAAUUAAAAUACAGAAAUAGUCAUAUUAUGAUUACUUGACUACUAACUUUCAUCCUAAAUAAGAUUUCCUUAUUUAGAGUCUGUCAAUGUUUGUCUGUAUGUGUGUGUCCAUGUGCACUCAAAGUUGUGUGUGUGGCUGUAUGUAUGUGCAUGUGAGUGUGUGUGUCCUUGUUGGUGUCUGUGUGUGUCCUUGUUGGUGUCUGUGUGUGUGUGUGUGUGUGUGUGUGUGUGUGUUUUUUUUGCUUUUGCUGUCCCUCUCUCCAGAUGGGCUGAUGGUGCAGAUCACUGUGGAGACCAUGGUGGAGCUUCGCCGGUCGCUACGGGAGAUGAAAGACUACACCAUCACCUGUGGGGGGAUUGACCAGUCAGACAGCCAGGAGCAUGUCCAUGUCCAAUGGCUGGAUAAGGAAUGCACUUUGAACAAGGGGUGAGUGUUAGGUCAUUCAACUUCUGAUCAGUGUCCCAUGAAUAGUUCUUUAGCCUAUCAUUAUCCUACAUUUAUGCCACAGCGUUGUUGAAUACAUGUUUCUGAUUGGCUAGAAGGGCAUUCUAGAAUGGACAUUAAAACCUGACAGUGGGAAAAGAUAUAGGGACAGUUGGAAAAGAUAUCGGGACACCUUGCAAUCAUGAAGCAAUAUGCACCUACACAUGCAGACCGUACUUGCUACAAAGUUACAGAAAGCUAAACCAACAACUACACAAACUGAACUUGGAUACAUUGUAAACACAGGUCCAACGAGGAAAAAACGUAGCUAGCUAGCAUUGAUUUGUUUUUGCAGAGACAUAUUUUUUUUGAACAUCUGAUGACCUAACAUGGUGAGUGGUGAACAUGAAUUUCUCCGGUCCCUUUCGCCGCUGUGCUGUCAAAUCUUCCCACAUGUUUCUUGUUUGACCAGCUGUUUUCAGCAACUGAUAUUUUUUAAUUUGGUUGUCAUAUUGGCAGGUUUGCUAUCAACUAACUACUUAGCUAGCUUCUAGCCUAGUGUUUAAUAAGCAAUGCGAUCUCCUCGUAAUUAACAGUCAUUAUACAACGGGUGGGUCUAAUCCUGAAUGCUGAUUGGUUAAAACCGCAUUCCAGCAGGUGUCUAUUCCACAAGUUACCACCGGCUAAAUCUAUGACGUUAAAAUGCCUAUUUACUCUGCGCAAUCCACUGUUUUAUCAGCCUAGCCAAGUUAUUUAUGAACUUGAUCUCCACUAUAAAAAGCAUCUAGACAUUAUCUCACAUUUCUUUUAGACUAACAUUUCGUUUUCAACAGUGGACAUUUGUAUAAACCUUGCUCUCUGUCUCUCCGACAUUUGCAACAUUGUUUCAAAAUUCAAAUUCGAUCUCCAGCUGUCCCAUAGAACGUGUCGGGAGUCGGGACGAGACAGACAGACAGGCAGCGUUUCUCAGCCAGUUGAAAUCAUGAAUCAGCUUGCAUAAUUUUUAUGGCUAUACAGUGGGGAGAACAAGUAUUUGAUACACUGCCAAUUUUGCAGGUUUUCCUACUUACAAAGCAUGUAGAGGUCUGUAAUUUUUAUCAUAGGUACACUUCAACUGUGAGAGACGGAAUCUAAAACAAAAAUCCAGAAAAUCACAUUGUAUGAUUUUUAAGUAAUUAAUUUGCAUUUUAUUGCAUGACAUAAGUAUUUGAUCACCUACCAACCAUUAAGAAUUCCGGCUCUCACAGACCUGUUAGUUUUUCUUUAAGAAGCCCUCCUGUUCUCCACUCAUUACCUGUAUUAACUGCACCUGUUUGAACUCGUUACCUGUAUAAAAGACACCUGUCCACACACUCAAUCAAACAGACUCCAACCUCUCCACAAUGGCCAAGACCAGAGAGCUGUGUAAGGACAUCAGGGAUAAAAUUGUAGACCUGCACAAGGCUGGGUUGGGCUACAGGACAAUAGGCAAGCAGCUUGUUGAGAAGGCAACAACUGUUGGCGCAAUUAUUAGAAAAUGGAAGAAGUUCAAGAUGACGGUCAAUCACCCUCGGUCUGGGGCUCCAUGCAAGAUCUCACCUCGUGGGGCAUCAAUGAUCAUGAGGAAGGUGAGGGAUCAGCCCAGAACUACACGGCAGGACCUGGUCAAUGACCUGAAGAGAGCUGGGACCACAGUCUCAAAGAAAACCAUUAGUAACACACUACGCCGUCAUGGAUUAAAAUCCUGCAGCGCAUGCAAGGUCCCCCUGCUCAAGCCAGCGCAUGUCCAGGCCCGUCUGAAGUUUGCCAAUGGCCAUCUGGAUGAUCUAGAGGAGGAAUGGGAGAAGGUCAUGCGGUCUGAUGAGACAAAAAUAGAGCUUUUUGGUCUAAACUCCACUGGCCGUGUUUGGAGGAAGAAGAAGGAUGAGUACAACCCCAAGAACACCAUCCCAACCGUGAAGCAUGGAGGUGGAAACAUCAUUCUUUGGGGAUGCUUUUCUGCAAAGGGGACAGGACGACUGCACUGUAUUGAGGGGAGGAUGGAUGGGGCCAUGUAUCGCGAGAUCUUGGCCAACAACCUCCUUCCCUCAGUAAGAGCAUUGAAGAUAGGUCGUGGCUGGGUCUUCCAGCAUGACAACGACCCGAAACACACAGCCAGGGCAACUAAGGAGUGGCUCCGUAAGAAGCAUCUCAAGGUCCUGGAGUGGCCUAGCCAGUCUCCAGCCCUGAACCCAAUAGAAAAUCUUUGGAAGGAGCUGAAAGUCCGUAUUGCCCAGCGACAGCCCCGAAACCUGAAGGAUCUGGAGAAGGUCUGUAUGGAGGAGUGGGCCAAAAUCCCUGCUGCAGUGUGUGCAAACCUGGUCAAGGUUUCUUUACCAAAUAUUAAGUUCUGCUUUUCUAAUGGAUCAAAUACUUAUGUCAUGCAAUAAAAUGCAAAUUAAUUACUUUAAAAUCAUACAAUGUGAUUUUCUGGAUUUUUGUUUUAGAUUCCGUCUCUCACAGUUGAAGUGUAUCUAUGAUAAAAAUGACAGACCUCUACAUGCUUUGUAAGUAGGAUAACCUGCAAAAUCGGCAGUGUAUCAAAUACUUGUUCUCCCCACUGUAUACAAAGAAAAAGUGUAAAACUAAACUAAGUGCAGCUAGUUUGCGGUCUUUCCAGCUUCAGUUUGAAGUGAUUGUGUUAGCUGUGUUGUUGGCUAGCUCCUCUGAACAACAGUGUCCUGACAAGUGAGCACAUUUUCUAUGCCAGGCGAAAUCGCGCCUCAUUAGCUCAUUGUUAUGGAUGUAUCCAAAUAAAUGUCACUAGAAAACAGCUUAAACAAAUGCAAUUGCAGCUACUUUGCUAUUAUUCUUGCUGCACUUUUUGACGUGACUGUAAGUUAGCCGUAGUUGGCUAGCUAGCAUGCAAGCAUAAGAAAGUUGCCAGCCAGUAUGUCAAUGGAACAUUUAGAACGAUCGACUGGGUCGCGUCCAUAGAUACAGAACAAAAAGACUGAACGACUGGCAACCGAACCGAUAGAAUGAACAACCAGCCAGCUUGGGUAGCAACCCUAGAUUUGUGUCAGGACUAUAUCUUGUGGAAGGAUCAAAUAGUAUAAAUACAGUGGCUUGCGAAAGUAUUCACCCCCCUUGGCAUUUUUCCUAUUUCGUUGCCUUACAACCUGGAAUUAAAAUAGAUUUUUUGGGGGGUUGUAUAAUUUGAUUUACACAAAAUGCCUACCACUUUGAAGAUGCAAAAUAAGACAAAAAAACAGCAAUCUUGAGCGUGCAUAACUAUUCACCCCCCCCCCCCCCCCAAAGUCAAUACUUUGUAGUGCCACCUUUUGCAGCAAUUACAGCUGCAAGUCUCUUGGGGUAUGUCUCUAUAAGCUUGGCACAUCUAGCCACUGGGAUUUUUGCCCAUUCUUCAAGGUAAAACUGCUCCAGCUCCUUCAAGUUGGAUGGGUUCCGCUGGUGUACAGCAACCUUUAAGUCAUACCACAGAUUCUCAAUUGGAUUGAGGUCUGGGCUUUGACUAGGCCAUUCCAAGACAUUUCAGUGUUUCCCCUUAAACCACUCGAGUGUUGCUUUAGCAGUAUGCUUAGGGUCAUUGUUCUGCUGGAAGGAGAACCUCCGUCCCAGUCUCAAAUCUCUGGAAGACUGAAACAGGUUUCCCUCAAGAAUUUCCCUGUAUUUAGCGCCAUCCAUCAUUCCUUCAAUUCUGACCAGUUUCCCAGUCCCUGCCGAUGGAAAAACAUCCCCACAGCAUGAUGCUGCCACCACCAUGCUUCACUGUGGGGAUGGUGUUCUCGGGGUGAUGAGAGGUGUUGGGUUUGCACCAGACAUAGCGUUUUCCUUGAUGGCCAAAACACUCAAUUUUAGUCUCAUCUGACCAGAGUACCUUCUUCCAUAUGUUUGGGAGUCUCCCACAUGGCUUUUGGCGAACACCAAACGUGUUUGCUUCUUUUUUUCUUUAAGCAAUGGCUUUUUUCUGGCCACUCUUCCGUAAAGCCCAGCUCUGUGGAGUGUACGUCUUAAAGUGGUCCUAUGGACAGAAACUCCAAUCUCCGCUGUGGAGCUUUAUUUGCAGCUCCUUCAGGGUUAUCUUUGGUCUCUUUGUUGUCUCUCUGAUUAAUGCCCUCCUUGCCUGGUCCGUGAGUUUUGGUGGUUUUGGUAUUCUUUCAAUUUUUUAAUAAUGGAUUUAAUGGUGCUCCGUGGGAUGUUCAAAGUUUCGGAUAUCUUUCUAUAACCCAACCCUGAUCUGUACUUCUCCACAACUUUGUCACUGACCUGUUUGGAGAGCUCCUUGGUCUUCAUGGUGCCGCUUGCUUGGUGUUGCAGACUCUGGGACCUUUCAGAACAGGUGUAUAUAUACUGAGAUCAUGUGACAGAUCAUGUGACACUUAGAGUGCACACAGGUGGACUUUACUUAACUAAUUAUGUGACUUCUGAAGGUAAUUGGUUGCACCAGAUCUUAUUUAGGGGCUUCAUAGCAAAGGGGGUGAAUACAUAUGCACACACCACUUUUCCGUUAUUUAUUUUUUAGAAUUUUUUGAAGUUAUUUUUUUCAUUUCACUUCACCAAUUUGGACUAUUUUGUGUAUGUCCAUUACAUGAAAUCCAAAUAAAAAUCCAUUUAAAUUACAGGUUGUAAUGCAUCAAAAUAGGAAAAACACCAAGGGGGAUGAAUACUUUUGCAAGGCACUGUAAAUUCAUAAUAAUAAUGUUUAUAAUCAAAAUGUGUCAAUCAUUAUUUGAAUAUGUUGGGAACCCGUUGUAUAAAAUUGAUAAUGCCCUCCAAGCCGGUGUUUGGAGGAUAUAGUGGCACCGUGCCAAUAUAUCCUCCAAACACCAGCUUGGAGGGCAUUAUCAAUUCUCGGGCAUUAUCACUUAAGUGUCAACGAGUGUCCCGACGCUGCGUCUUCAAUUAUUCUGCGUCUUCAAUUAUUUCCAAGGUACUGUAAAGAACGUUGGCGUUCAUCCCUUACUUAACCUCUCUCACUAACCCCAACCCAUUGUCGCUUCAUGCAUUCUUCAAGUCUGCCUCAGACUAUCUGACCCUCUUGUCCAUCGCUGUAGAAUACCCUUUAUCGUUGCUUGCUUACUUUGUAUGGCUGUGUGUGUGCGUGCAUGUAUGUGUGUCUUGCAGUGUUAUCAGCCCCAUUGAUGGGAAGUCCAUGGAGUCCAUCAAUAGUGUGAAGAUGUUCCAGAAGUCAGAAUACAAGGCCAAUGGAAAGGUCAUCCGCUGGACAGAGGUAUGCCUAGUCUCUGGACCCAACAAUAACUAGGGCACAUCCAACUUUGCACCACUAGUCUUCACUCUUGUGUACUCUUACUCAAAGCCAUUUCUCUCUGUACUGUAUUCCCUAAGUACAUGCUUAUGUCUUGUGAGUCUCUUGUGUGUUGCACAGGUGUUUUUUGUGCAGAGAGGGGAUCAUUCUAAGAGCCAGAGUGACCACCAUACAGAACACAGCCGGCUGACAGAGAGACUGGCCCGGGCAUUCUGCUUGGCACUGUGCCCACACCUCAAGCUGCUGAAGGAAGAUGGCAUGGCCAAGCUGGGGCUGCGUAUCACACUGGACUCCCACCAGGUGAGAGUGCCAUUGGGUAGAAUGAACAUACUUGACUUAGAUAAUUUGGACCAUUUAGAUAUUAAGAAAUACAACUUUAUGGAAACAUCUUUGAAAUUGUGCAUCAUCUGACUUUAAUAGUUGUAGUAAUUAUUGAAUGCCUAAGAUGGGAGUUGUUGACCACCUUUUAAUAUGAAGUUAUUAUUCAUGUAAAUAGUAAUGGGAUAUAGGCCUUCAUAAUAUUACCAAAACUAGCAGUGAAAGCUAUAGAUGUGUGGUGGUUAACAUCGAUGUUUCAUGUUCCAGGUGGGGUUUGUGGCCGGCAGUAAUGGCCUGCCACUCCCAGCCCCGUACCUUAACACCCUGGACACCGUGCUGAUCCCCAUCAUCCACAGCAGGGGGCGCAAGAGGAGCGAGGGACCCGUAGUCAUGGAGCUCAUCUUCUAUAUCCUGGAGAACAUAUCCUAG